CCUUUGUGGCCCUUGCCACCGAAAGCUCGUCCUAAGCACCCGCAGUCCUCAACACGUGUACAUCCGUUACGACACGUGUCCGGAACAAUCCGCUAACGGGUCACACACGUGUAUGUGUGACAUGUACGUUACCUGUGGUUUGUUUAUGGGGUAAGUGACAGGAUUUGUGUGUGUUGUGAUUUGUGAGAAGGCAGUGAUUUUUGUGCUUCCAGGAAAUGCAGCCCGAUCAAGGUCUGAAACUACUUUACGCGGAACUUGAAUAAGAGUUUAUGAUGGAAGAAUUCGAUAUGGCUUCGACAAUGAACCGGCACCACCACCAUCACUUCUUUUUCGACACUCAUCCGUACCUCACUGCAAAUACAAACAGCAAUGGCAGCAAUGCUGGAUCAAAUGGCAGCAGCGAUUUCUUCUUGUAUGAUGAGAACAGCAGCGAUUCAGCGGUUUCGAAUUUUUCUUACGGGAGCGAUCAAGAGAACAACUCGGACUGUAAGGAACGCAUCUACCGCCAUCGCCGCAGGAACAAAUGCCCACAGCAACAGAUUCAGCAGAGACAAGCUGCAAAUCUGCGCGAAAGAAAACGCAUGCAAUCAAUUAAUGAUGCUUUCGAAGGUUUGAGGGCACACAUACCUACACUACCAUAUGAAAAACGUCUGUCUAAGGUGGACACAUUGAAACUAGCUAUUGGAUACAUCAACUUUCUAAGCGAAAUAGUACGACAGGAUAAAAAUUCGAAUGCAGACUAUUUCACUGGUCACAAUAGGAACAAUCAGAAAGACGAACCGAAGAAAAUUAUAGUUAGGGGAUGUGGAGGAUUGUAUACUGCUCACUCUUUAUCUUGGUCUAGAGUGAAGGAACCCCAUCCCAAUGGUAUCAUGCGUGCUAAAGUCUGGAUACCAGAAGAUCCCAGAGCUAACAAAGAUAGCCCAAACAGCUCAUCCUACAAUCCAUCUGAAUAAAUUUGUGAGAAUCUUUAUGACCAUGUGAAAUACUAUGGAUAUUUAAAAAAGACCUUGCGAUGAAUUAACGCAUUCAGUUUUUGGAUGCCAAUUUUGAAACUGGAUUGCUCACAAUAAUAUAUGGAUGUACUUGGCCAUGGAAUUGUGGUUAUCAAGAGUAGCAUGGCACUAUUAUAGCCAUUGAUAUAGCAAAAUAUAUUCAUAUAUUCCAAUAAUAUUAAAGUAAUUAUCUUCAUGUAGAAGUGGAUAGGUGCAAUAUUAAGAAUUAGUAGCACUUUGGCUAUUUAUCGCAUAUGUUAUUGGUAUUGUAUAUACAUAUAUCUCUAGCUUAUAAGGAAAAUGUUUUUCAAAAAUAUGCAAUAGAUGUCUAAGUAGAGAAAUAGAAUACACCUACUCAUUAAUCAUUGAUAUAACUUCCAGUUAUUAGGAUCUGAUUUGCUAGUCAUUAGAAAUCGUUGCUAGUCAUUUAUUCCUGUAUAUACGUAAUAUGAUAUAUUUAUUAAUAAACUAAUGCGC